UUUGGUGAGGUUAUUCAGUCCGUUUCGUUCAAAAAAUUUGGAUGCUGUGACGAGUUCAGUUUAUUUACGCAUAAUAAGAAGCUAACAAAACUUCGUUUGAAAUGCAGGCUAUCGGCGAGCAAAGGGACGAAACCUCGACACUUCGUUCGAAUGACAGUGUCAGAAUCGAAAAUAUGCGAACGGAAUUGAGAGAGGCUGCCUUGACAAAAAGAAGGGAAGAUCGCGUGUCCGCCUGGAACAAGAGUCGCACCAAUUUGGGGGAGUGUCCAGGAAUUGAAUCAUUUUCCGUCGAAUUCGUCGAUGAGAAGUUGAGGCUUCUCAAAAAGAAACGAUUGCCCCUCGUGGAUUAUAGAUAUUUGCCCAAUGCUCUUAUUCAGUCGGAAGAAAACAUAAAUGCCUUUUUAAAAGUGGAUCAAAGCUUAUCAAGCUUAGUGCGUGACUUGUCCAGUAACAAUCCAACUCUUCAAUUAUAUGCAGCCAACUGUUGUUGUAAUAUUGCUCUGGGAAAUACGAAAGCAUGCACGGCAUUGGGUAAAGCAAUUAUUUCAUAUCUGGUUAUCAAAUUAGAAAGUUUAAAUUAUGCGUUGCUGGAUGUUUGCAUUUGGACAAUUGGUAAUUUAGUUGCAGGAAGUGAUAAAGCUUUCUCUAUCUUGCAUGCGCAACAUUGCCUGAAAUAUAUAAUUUUACUGUUGCACAAUUGCGACGAUUCAAUUCUUCCUUCUGUAAUAUAUGCACUCUUACAUUAUGUAUAUGUGGGAUUUUAUAAAAUAUCAGAAAAUGAAAUGUCGGAGCUUGCACAAGCUAUCAUAAAGCGAAAUCUGUUAUAUGAAAAUCCGAAUUAUAUUUGGUUAUUAGCUUUAUUAUCUUCUUCAUCGAUGUGCUCUGGACACUUGCAUGUUAUUCUGCCACAAGUUGUUGAUUAUCUUUAUUUAACAGUUUCCAAUUCAGAUGGAAUAAUUCAAGUCAGCAAGAUUACAGCAUCCAUACGUAUAUUAGCUAACACAUUGCAUAAUUCUUGCGAAGAUAAAGUGAACGUUCUUUUGAGUAAUCCAAAAUAUUCAAAUGAAGAUUUGCAUCUUUUAUUGAAUAAAUUAUUAUCGCAUCCUUAUAUGCACAUUAGAAGAGAAACUUUGUGGUUAAUAGGGAAUUUGUAUAAUCAUAGAUUGUCUAGUAUUGGUAAAAAUGUAAGAGAUCUUAUACCUUUUCUAUCAGCACUGAAUCAAGCUUUUUCCGCAGUUGAAAAUUCUGUAUGAAUGCCAGUGUAUAUUAAAACUUAGAAUGACAUUUUUUUAAAUAAAAGGUACAAAUUUUCUUAAUGAGUCCGAAGAAGAAUAUCGAUUUCUUCCUAUGUCUUCUAUACACGGCACUUUGACGAUAUUGAAGUAUAUUUGUCCCAUCAAAUUCGCCGUUGGAUGGUUAGCAGUUUUUAAACAUUGAUAAAGCAAUUGAUCGCAAGUACAAUGUGACCUGUAAAAAGUUAAACAUUUGAGGCCUUACAGAGACAGCUAACAGCUAUAGAUAAUUUUGGAAAUUGUUAAGCAUGUGUGUGUGUGAUGAGAAAGUUUAAUAAUUAAUAUUAUAUAACGUAAUAUAUUUAAUUAAUAUUAUAUAUGUGAUUAAUUUAAAGACGCACUAAAA